AUGCCUGGCCGUCUCCUCUCCAACCUUGUUCGCUCAUCCGAGCCGCAUGCUGCGCCUUUCGCCUCGCGCUCGUCCUCGACCACCUCCGUGAACGACUCGCCAGUGUCCUCGGGCACCUCGUCCAAGAGGAACUCCUGGUCCUUGCCCGUCGAAGCCCACGAUAACCUGGAGACCCGCAUUUCUGCCGCCAUGGACCACAUCAUGCACCCCGGCAAGGAGAAGCGCAUCAGCCUGGGCAGAUCCUCCCGUUCCAAGGAGCGCAAGGGAACAAAGGACACCCCCCGGGUUGCAGGCCCAAAGCUCGAUGUAGUCAUUGAAUCGCCUCCCCUCGUCUUCUAUGGCACUCCCGCAAACUCGUCGGGGGCGUUGUUCUCAGGGCGUCUGCGUGUCACGGUUUCCGAGCAGUCGGGCUCUACUACCUUGAGAGAGUUUAAUGCUGAUCUUUCCAAGACAUUCACAACCAAGAAGCCAAUUUCGAAGGACUGUCCUAAGUGCACCUCUCGCAAAGAUACCCUGAAAGAAUGGAAAUUUCUCACCGAGUCCGUGACUCUAAACAAGGGUGACCACGAUUUCCCCAUUAGCUACUUGUUCCCAGGAGACCUGCCCGCCAGCGCUUCAGGAAGCCUUGGUGUUAUUGAAUACUGGAUCACUGCCCGCGCUAUCACAACAACCGGAGCGGAGAUUGUUAAGAAGAUCCCUCUUACGGUCCACCGUGCCAUCUUGCCCGGCAAUGACCGUGCAUCAGUCCGCAUCUUUCCCCCAACCAAUCUAACUGGACGUGUCAUCUUGCCAUCCGUGGUUCAUCCAAUUGGUGCAUUCCCGGUUCAGAUGAGUUUGAGCGGCGUCGUUGAAAAGGGAGAAGAAACCCAGACGCGGUGGAGGCUCAGGAAGAUGAUGUGGCGUAUUGAAGAGCACCAGAAAGUAGUGGCCAGUGCUUGCACAAAACAUGCCCACAAGGUCGGCGGUGAAGGGAAGGGUGUUUUGCACCAGGAGACCCGCAUCAUCGGCCACAACGAAGAGAAGAAUGGAUGGAAGACCGAUUUCGACACUGCCGGUGGCGAGAUCAAUAUGGAGUUUCUGGCUAAUAUCAAACCCGGCAGCAACCCCAUCUGCGAUCUAGAUAUCAAAGGCCAUAUCGAAGUGAAGCACAAUCUGGUCAUCGAGCUCAUUGUUGCGGAAGAGUUCUGCCCAAACAGAAAUACCAAACUGAUUACCCCUACUGGCGCGGCCCGCGUACUACGCAUGCAGUUCAAUCUACUUGUUACUGAAAGGAGUGGCCUCGGAAUCAGCUGGGACGAAGAACAGCCCCCGGUCUACAACGACGUCCCUGCCAGUCCUCCUGGAUAUUCUACAAUCAAGGGUGGCUGUGAGAUGGAAGACUAUAAUGGCGCUCCCCUGCCGGAGUUGCCAGACUACGAGGGUCUUGAACGCAUGGAUCGAAGUGAUAACUCGUCAUAUUCCUCUGGACUCUCGCGCCAAAGGUCCCAGUUGACAGCCGAUGACUUGACUGCUGAGCCCGAGGUGUCGGAAGCUCGUAAUCAUGCUGAUGCCGAGGGACCGGAAGCUGUCGAGGCCGGGCAUGUUGAAUGA